GGUCGCUACGGAGAACACAGAUCCCAACUGCUGCCGUGCUCUCACUCCACUCCGGCCAAAAGCCCUAGCCGCCCAUCCCCUUCGUCCUCCCACCCCGCCGGCGGGCCUCCGCCGCCCUCCCGCCAUGGCGAAGCCGGCCCCGCACUUCGUCGACGAGAUCCUGGAGGAGAUCUUCCUACGCUUGGCCACCCCGGCCGCGCUUGCACGCGCCUCGACCGCCUGCCCCCGUUUCCGCCGCAUCAUCACCGAGCGCUCCUUCCUCCGCCGCUUCCGCAAACGCACACGGCCGCCCCUCCUCGGACUCAUCGAGGAAGAUGGAUUCUACCCCGCCCAGGCGCCCCACUCCUCCGCCCCGCUCGCCCGUGCCCUCGCCGAUGCAGCCGAUUUCACCUACUCCUUUGUCCCCAAGCCCAGCAAGGGGCGCUGGAGACCGUGCGACGUCCGCGACGGCCGCGUCCUUCUCGAGGACACCCCCGGCUGGAACGAAUUCAGCAACCUCGCGGUAUGUGAUCCACUUUCCCGGCGCCACCUGCUGCUUCCGCCCAUACCUGAGGACCUGACUGGUGCCCGGAAAGAGCGCCUCUGCGGAAUCGUGCCCACCCUCGCUCCCAUUGACGAGGAGGAUGAGGAUGAGACGUCGUUCAAGGUGAUAUGCAUGGCAGAAUAUGAAACCAAGCUGGCCGCGUUUGUCUUCUCGUCCCUCACGGGGGAAUGGUGUAUAGCUGCAUCCCCCAGCUGGAGCUCUCUAGGCACGACCACCCCAGAUGGGUCGCGCAACAUCUCCAUUUAUGGGUGUCGUGGCUUGUCUUGUUUCGACGAUGUGCGUGGAUGCUUCUACUCGGCGUCGCCUUGGAUGGACAAGUUGCUUGUGCUGGACACAAGGACAAUGGAGUUCUCCACUGUCAAUGAUCGCUCUGGCUAUCAUAUGCAUCUCAGACGCCUGCCUGGCCAGGCAGAAGAUGUUCUCGCAAGAAACGACGAGCCGCGAAGAAGUCGCUCUGGCCAAGAAAGAAGUCUCCCUCGCAUUGUAGUGGGCAGGGAAGGAGCUAUUGAGAUGUUUUCUCUCGUUGGCGAUCACAGCCCAAAUGGCUCAUUUGAUCUCCAUCAUACCACUCAGCCAAGUAACUUAGAAUCUUCCAAGGAAUGGCAGCUGGAGAAUAUUAUACCGUUGCCCCGCCAGUAUGACUAUUUCACCUCUGGUGCAGCUGAGGGAUUCUUAUUCCUUGGAGCCACUACAGAAGAUCAGCUGGACAUUGAUGAAAACUCUCCGGUGCGGUUGUCGAGGACUGCCUGGGAUGUAGAUUAUUUUUCGCUGGAUGUCAGGACUUCUGAACUUGUUAAGGUUUGUAGGAGGAAGAAGCAAUUCUUCCAUUAUGAAGAUGUUUACUGGUACUUCGGCUUCCCUCCAUCGUUAUCAAAGCCGAGUUUAUGAAGUGACAAUAAACUUGCUUUGCUUUUGGAGUCUCUUAUUUGGGCCAUGCAUCUGAUGCCAUCGAGGAUAAUUGGAGGAUGGACAAGAUGGUGCUGCGAAUAUGCUUGCUAGAUAUAGUACUAGACCCAUGGCGUUAUCCCUUAGGAAAUAGCUUUCAUGUACGUUGCCAUGACUGUGCUAAGCGUAUUUAAGCAAGAGAUGCGUUCAGCAAGCUGAAUUAUCGAACUCUAAUAUGUAAGCUCUUCUUUUUGAGUUGGGAGAAUACCCAUGUCUUAACUUCUCAGGUUC